UCGGCACUGAGCGUGGCGCGCAUGCGUAAUAGCGGUGGACAGACCGGGAACUCGGGUCGGAGCUGCUUGAGGAGGUGGCGCGAUGCCGGACUAUUUGGGUGCAGAUCAGCGCAAAACCAAAGAGGAGGAGAAAGAGGAUAAACCGAUCCGCGCUUUGGAUGAAGGUGACAUUGCCUUGUUGAAAACUUAUGGCCAGAGUACAUACUCGAGACAAAUCAAGCAAGUUGAAGAUGACAUUCAGCAAUUACUGAAGAAAAUCAAUGAACUCACAGGCAUUAAGGAAUCAGAUACUGGGCUGGCUCCCCCUGCACUCUGGGAUUUGGCUGCAGAUAAACAAACUCUUCAAAGUGAGCAGCCGCUGCAAGUGGCAAGGUGCACUAAGAUAAUCAAUGCAGAUUCCGAGGACCCCAAGUAUAUUAUCAAUGUUAAGCAAUUUGCCAAAUUUGUGGUGGAUCUUAGUGAUCAAGUCGCGCCUACUGACAUUGAAGAAGGGAUGAGAGUUGGUGUCGACAGAAACAAAUAUCAGAUCCACAUUCCCUUACCUCCGAAGAUUGAUCCAACUGUUACUAUGAUGCAGGUGGAGGAAAAGCCUGAUGUUACUUACAGUGAUGUGGGAGGUUGCAAAGAACAGAUUGAGAAGCUAAGGGAGGUGGUGGAAACACCUUUGCUACAUCCAGAACGGUUUGUCAAUCUUGGGAUUGAGCCCCCCAAAGGGGUACUUCUCUUUGGCCCACCUGGAACAGGCAAAACCCUCUGUGCUCGAGCUGUUGCCAAUAGGACUGAUGCCUGCUUCAUCAGAGUGAUUGGUUCCGAGUUGGUUCAGAAAUACGUGGGAGAGGGUGCUCGUAUGGUUCGAGAACUCUUUGAAAUGGCCAGAACAAAAAAGGCUUGCCUGAUCUUCUUUGAUGAAAUUGAUGCUAUUGGAGGAGCUCGCUUUGAUGACGGGGCUGGAGGUGAUAAUGAAGUCCAGCGCACUAUGUUAGAAUUGAUAAACCAGCUUGAUGGCUUUGAUCCCAGAGGCAAUAUUAAAGUUCUCAUGGCAACCAACAGACCAGAUACCUUGGACCCUGCACUGAUGAGACCUGGAAGAUUGGACAGGAAGAUUGAAUUUAGUCUACCAGAUUUGGAGGGACGAACUCACAUAUUCAAGAUCCACGCUCGCUCCAUGAGUGUGGAAAGAGACAUACGAUUUGAGUUGCUGGCUCGACUGUGUCCCAACAGCACAGGUGCUGAAAUUCGGAGUGUCUGUACAGAGGCAGGUAUGUUUGCCAUCCGAGCAAGGAGAAAAAUUGCUACUGAAAAAGACUUCCUGGAAGCUGUUAACAAAGUCAUCAAGUCGUACGCUAAAUUUAGUGCUACACCUCGUUAUAUGACUUACAACUGAUCCUGUGUCUCCAAAAAAAACCCCCUCUUCCUCAUACAAAUAACCUUAUAUAAAGAGUAAUAAUUUGUUGUGCGUGUGUUAUGUAACCUAGUUGGACAACUGUAGGAAUAAAUGGAACAUUCCAAAUUA